GCCGCAUGGCACACAGCCCAUACUGGGGAAUGCGGGCCCACCACUAGUGUGGCAGGGGCCCAGGGCCCACCAACAGCGGCCCAGGCCGCGUGGAUCACCACAAGGCCCGGGUCAGGCCUUAUGGGGAGCCCAACAGGGCAAGGGGGGUUGCCCACUACCACCCAGGAGGGUGGAGCUCUGGCGGGCUCGCCCGGGUACAGGCCCCCACAACUACCGAGGCAACUGGCCGGGCCAGCAGGGAGUGGCCAGGAGAGCCAGGGGUGGCCCCCAGCUCCCACAGGGGAGGCCAACCGGGCGGUGCCCACGGGCGCUGCGGCGGGGAGGGAGGGAACAACGGCCGCACACAGCGUGGCAGCCCAGGGUAUGCCCCCCCCCCGCUUGGUUUCCAACAGGUGCCGGGACCAGGCAAUGGCGACAACGGGAUUCCGCAGCAGCAGCAGGGGAUCACACCAGGAGCUUCAGGCCAAGACAGCGCAACCACAAACUACAACAGCAGCGCAGUGGAACAGGUUCCGGGGGCUAGCGCCGGCAGCGGAGCAGGAGGGAGAGCGGUGCCCAGACCUUGUAUGGAAUCUGGUGCCUCAGAUGCCCUCCAGUGCAAAGUAUGGCUAAUGGGACACUCCUUCAUACACUGGGCGGAAAGGAGGGCCUCAGUUCGCCAUGCCAACCGCCAACUGGGUUUCCCAGUAUCUCAGGUGAAACUACACUGGGUCAGUAGAAGAGGGCUCAGGUGGGACGAGAUAGUACCCAGGGCAGUACAGAAAGCAAAGGAGUCGGGCCCGCCUAGUGUCAUUUUAAUCCACGCAGGGGGUAACGACUUGGGUCUGUGUCCCAUGAAAGCUUUAAUCUCCACCAUUAGGACAGAUUGUUUCAGGCUCAGAUCACUGUUCGAAGGUUUAAUUAUCAUAUGGUCAGAUAUAAUUCCCAGAACCCACUGGAGGGGAGCACGUUCACACAGGGCCAUCAACAGGGUUAGAAUAAAGGUAAAUAAGGCAGUAGCAAGCAACGUACAGAAGAAUGGAGGGCUAGUGGUCAGGCAUAGGGAAUUAGAGAAUAACAUGGCCUUUUUUCGCACAGAUGGUAUCCACCUGAAUGAGGUUGGGUUGGAUUUGUUUAAUUUCAAUUUACAGGAAGCCAUCACAUUGGCUUGGAAGUCAUGGCGGCGUAUGCAGAGCUGAAGGGGUCCAGCUCUGCAUACUAUGGCGGGUCCUUGUCAGUCUGCCGGGGAGGAAAGCUUGUUCUGGUAUGCCAGAUCAGGUAGAGUGGAUGGUU